AUGAUACAAGAAGAGGCAUUGCUUCCGGUGGUCGAUCAAGCCUUAGAAAUAGCCCCAUCAAUUGCAGUGGAAGAAAAUGACGUAACGACUGAUACAGUUAAAAAUUGUGACGAUGAUGUGGUAGAGGAUGUGGUGGAGGACGUAGUGGAAGGAUCGCAUGAGAAUUUAGACCAGGCAAAUCAGCCGGCUAGUGACAAUGCACAUCUAGAGACUCAAACUGGUGCCGCAACUGGCCAGAACAUGCAGACUAACGCCAAUCUAUAUUCCACGUUUAGCUAUGCUAGUGCUGCACAGAGCACGGCCCAGCUUAUUACACCCCGGCGUAUGGAGAGUUUGACGUGGGUGCAACGGCAGAUACUGCAGAUGGAGAUGGAGAUCAGUCGGCAGAAGAAAGAGGCGGAGGAGCAGUGGCAGCCCAAACGGGUUGUGCAAGCGGAGAACUUUGCCUUUGUGCCGAUCAGAGGGGGCAAUUGGAUUAAGCAGCCCAAAGAAGGGAAAAGACCACGACGGUUCAGAUUUAUGUCCUGGCUGCGUGAUUUGCGCUGUUGGAAGAACAACUAG